AUGUCAAGACAUAGUCUAACUUUGUUCAUAUUUCUAGUGUUAAUCCUUUCUUCAGUUCAAGGUGACAAAAUCGGACGAUUAGGUGGAUCAAAGGAUGUGGGAAGGCCAUCCCCACCGUACACAUGCGUAAGUAUUUUAGGCAUUUGCGGAAAAAGCAUCUCUCCACAGUGUUGCGCUCAACUGUGCUACGAUUACUUUGACGGACUUAACCCUUACCCGCAUUGUGAUCAAUACCCUGGGAUCGAUGAAGUAUUUUGCUAUUGCGAACAUUAUUGCAUGAAAAAAACGAUUAAGCCGCCUAGCCUGACUAGUCGAUCGUCCAGUGAGAAAAGCAGCUAUUGCAAAGUUAUGGUUUCUGGGCAAUCGGAUUCGGGUGCUGCCUACCGCCAAGCCAACAGUAUACAACAUUGA